GAAAAAGCCAAUAAGAGCCUGAAAUCUCAAAUUAUUAAAGAGAGAUUGAUGUAAAAUGUAGUGGGUGGCUUAAGCGACACCAUUAUGAACUCACAGCUACAAGGGGAAGAAGGAUGUUCUUCAGUCUGGAUGGAGAAAGAAGCCAUGUAACGAAACCAGUGAAAUGAAGUAAGAAUAGGAAAACCUUCAAGUGCAUCUGUAUGGACUGCUCUCCGCAUCUGAGGACGACAACAUGGCGGUCUCCUUGCGCCUGGGUCGACAGGGAGUUUUAUUUGGUUUCAGGUUGUCUCAGUUCAACAAAUGUUCGUGGCCCAGACAGCCGUGUCAGGACCGUGUGAGACAUUUCUUUCAGUCGCCAUGGGUGCUCGGUGUCAGUCCACUCAAAGUGCAAAUGCCAGCCCUUUCGCCCACCAUGGAAGAGGGAAACAUAGUCAAAUGGUUGAAGAAAGAAGGUGAAGCCGUGGAAGCAGGCGAUGCCCUUUGCGAAAUAGAGACCGACAAGGCGGUGGUUACUAUGGAAUCAAAUGAUGAUGGGGUUUUGGCAAAAAUAUUGAUGGAAGAGGGCAGUCGCAACGUGCGCCUUGGUACUCUCAUUGCCCUCAUGGUGGAAGAAGGGCAGGACUGGAAGCAGGUUGAGAUCCCCCCUCCAGAUGCUGCAUCACCAGCUGCAACUCCAUCUGCUUCAGAUGCAGGCGCUGCCUCGACGUUGACCCCCGCUCCUCCAUCUCCGAGCCCUCUGCCAAAACCAGUCACAUCUGGGCCGUUACGGUUGAGUCCAGCAGCAAGACACAUUUUGGACACCCAUGGUAUUGACCCAAAGUUGGCCACCCCUACAGGGCCACGCGGACUGAUCACUAAAGAAGAUGCACUGAACCUUUUAAAGAAGUCCCCGACCCCAAGAACUGCACCAGGUACCAUGACGACAGCAGCUCCGAGUCCUGCCCCCACCCCAGCAGCUCCCCCUCCACCUCCAGGCAGCAGACCCAACAUCCCUCCAGUGUCUGUACCUGGAAAACCAGGAGCACCGGGAAGUUUCACUGAGAUCCCUGCCUCGAAUAUUCGCCGAGUGAUUGCUCAGAGACUGACCGAGUCCAAGACUACAAUCCCACAUGCAUAUGCUUCCAUAGACUGUGACAUGGCUGCUGUCAUGAAACUCCGCAAAGACCUCGCCAAAGAUCAAAUCAAAGUGUCCGUCAAUGAUUUUAUUAUCAAGGCAGCUGCUGUUACACUUAGAGAAAUGCCAGAAGUAAAUGUGACGUGGUCUGGUGAUGGACCCCAUCCACUAGAUUCUAUCCAUAUUUCAGUCGCUGUGGCUACUGACAGGGGCCUCAUCACACCGAUCAUCAGGGAUGCUGCUAACAAAGGAGUGCAGGAGAUCUCAGCUACUGCUAAGGUGCUGGCCCAGAAAGCUCGAGACGGUAAGCUACUGCCUGAGGAGUACCAGGGAGGCUCGUUCAGUAUAUCUAACCUAGGCAUGUUCGGAAUCACUGGUUUCAGCGCCGUGAUCAACCCUCCUCAGGCCUGCAUCCUCGCUGUUGGCACUUCCAGGACGGAGUUGCGACUGAAUGAAGAUGACCAGACGCUGCGCAAGCACCAGCUGAUGACAGUUACUUUGUCCAGCGACGGUCGGCUCGUGGAUGAUGAAUUAGCCUCUCGGUUUCUUGAUAAAUUCCGUGCCAACCUUGAACAACCACAGCGAAUGGCCCUCGCCUGAAUGGAAAAA